UACUCGAGAGCAACAGUAUGGCGUUAUAGAUCAUGCAUGUUUAUCCACGAUUAAUUACCAACGUCAUUAGAUGACUGUUCUGAUUUGUUUGUAUUAGUUUCGUCACAGCCUAACAUCUUAUCUUGGCUGGAAGCGGUUAUCGCAUUGGGGCAAACAAAGAUCUAAUCCGAAGUGUAAGUGUGCACCAUAAUAGCACACUUCAAAAAGUAUUGCUGUUUGUUUUAAAUGUUUGCGAAUAGCUGAUUCGAAGUCAUCAAACAAACUGCAUCGCCAUGAGCUUAAUCAUAACAGCAUCCCGUAAUUUUGGGAUGGGUGGUUUCAUUUAACGACCUUGUGCUAGGCUACAAAGAAUAAAACAUUUUCAACUGCCAUUAAGGACCAAGGGCAUUUUCUGAUCACGAGAAGCAACUGUGAGUCUCUGUGACUCUAUGGGAACAGAAGGUCAUAAAGUUGAACAAAUGGAUUUUAGAAAGUGGCUCAAUGGAACGCUAAAAUUCCGAGAGGCAUGCGCCUUAGUUCCCGUUCUCUCUUAGGCAGCGUUCUUAGUCACCGUUGACGCACAGGUGAAGCCUGUUCGCAUUUACUGAAUUCGACUCUAUGCUUAGAGCUGGGAUCUUAUCACUUAUAUUCAGGAUUUUAUCUUAGUGCUAGAAAUUAUCUAAUAUUUUGUUUAUUUACAUGUUUGGUCAAAAGUGCAACGAAAUACUCAAAUAUUACAUCAUUAUAAAUUCAAGCUUGUCAUCUCCUACCGGACUGCGGAGCUAGUCCAAGUUGCACCAGCCGACAGUAUAAAGAAACGAAUCAUUUGCCUUAAACGUUCAUUCGUAGGUGAAAUUUCUCUUCUGAAUGGACGUUUUAGAAAUUUUCUCAUCGCCCGCCACUUGGGCUGUAACUGUCGUGUCUUGUCUGUAUUUUGCCUACAGGUAUGUUACGUCUACGUUUAAUUACUUUUCCGACCAAGGCAUUCCUGGCCCUAAACCAAUCCCUAUUUUUGGCAACAUGUGGGGCGUCUGGAAAGAGAACCUUCCUGAUUAUGAUAUGGCAAUGGUGAAAAAAUAUGGCAAAGUUUUCGGAUAUUUUGACGGACCUAUACCGAAUCUUUGGAUUACAGAUGUAGACCUGAUAAAAGCCAUGUACGUCAAAGACUUCGAUCACUUUGUUGAUCGCAGGUCAUUUGAAUUCAAAACCAAAGUGAUGCGCAAAUGGCUGACGUUAAUUAAGGGUCAAGAAUGGAAAGACGUUCGUUCGUCCGUUACCCCUGCUUUCACCACCGGCAAAAUCAAACGGAUGUCCGGGCUGAUCAAUGAUUGCGUCGCUAAGCUGUGUGAUCGUCUUACGACUUUAACGGAGACCGAGGGAAAAAUUGAUGCGAAGCUGACUUUUAGUGCCUUUACCAUGGAUGUGAUUGCAAGAUGUGCGUUCGGCGCAAAAAUCGACAGUCUGGGGAAUAAAGACGACCCUUUCAUUCAAAAUGCUCAGUUUGUUUUCAAUCCUCCAACCAACAAAUCACCUGUCAUUCUGCUACCCUUUAUGUAUCCGGAUUUGUUUUCAAUGUUUGGGAGAUUUACAGAGAGACUGUUUGUUACCAAGGAAUUGAAAUUCUUUUUCAAAUUAUUAGAAAAUGUGCUGGCUGACCGGUUGCAAUCAAAACAGCAAUAUCACGACUUUAUUGAAGUGGCCGAUGAGGCUAUCUCCGCGUUUACUAAGGUAGUUGGUGGUAAAACAGUUCCCAUGUGGUCACGAGAGAUCAUAGACGAGAUUAUAAUGGGCCAGUCGACGCUUUUCAUGCUGGCAGGUUUCGACACAACAGCUACCACCUUGACAAACACUUGCUUUCAACUGGCCAAGAAUCCCGAUGUUCAGGAGGCAUUGUACGAGAGCAUUGUUGCCAAAAUGGAAAACUAUGAUGACGUGUGCCAUGAGAUGGUCCAAGAUAUGCCGUAUCUCGAAAUGGUAAUCCAAGAAGUCUUACGGUUCUAUCCACCUCUUGUACGUAUUGAGCGUCAGUGCACCAAGGACUAUUCCUACGACAAUGGCCGCAUACAGAUUAAAAAGGGACAGAUUAUUACCGUGCCAACGUACGCUCUGCACCACAUGGAAGAAUACUACCCCGAUCCGGAAAAAUUUGAUCCUGAAAGGUGGACACCAGAAAACAAAGCCAAACGUAGCCCUUACACCUACAUGGCGUUUGGAACAGGUCCUCGUAACUGUGUCGGCAUGCGCUUUGCCAUGGAAGAACUGAAAAUGGCAAUCUGCACCGUGGUCCAGAAAUUUCGCUUCUUUCCUGUUGCAGAAACCCCUGACAAGCUGCAUUUUGAUAGCGGAUUUGUUUCGGUUCUGCAACCAAUUCACGCAAUAGUGGGCGUCGAAUUCCGUGGCAAAAAUUUAACACUCCAGUAGUCCUGUAUGAAAUUUAAUGAAUAGAGGGUAAUUAUAAUGCCUAGCUUGCGUUAUUUCUAGUUGUUUUGAAUGAGUACUUAUUCGCUUAAAAUGUUAUCGCAAAUGUAAAGCGUCGACAUCA